AUGUAUAACGCAGUUGCUGAAAAUGUAUUGGGUACCAUAGGUACUGUAUUUUGGUGUAUUCAACUUGUACCACAGAUUAUCAGAAAUUAUAAAGUCAAGGAUUGUGAAGGAUUACCACCACUAAUGUUGUUCCUAUGGGCUGCCAGUGGUGUUCCUUUCGCCAUAUAUUUCUUUGCUACAGAUGGGUCAAUUCCAUUAAGAAUCCAACCACAAUUGUUUACAUUUUUCUGUUUAAUUUCCUGGAUCCAAUCAUUGUACUAUCCCCCUGUGGCAAUGAAAAGAACAAAGCUCGUAGCAUUAGUAUUUGCGUUUGUUUUGGUAGCCGUUGGAUUAGAAGUUGGAUUUAUACUAUGGUUGAGACCCCUCUAUAGAAGAGGAAUAGAAUGGCCUAUGUUGAUUAUCGGGAUUAUUGCCUCAGUAUUAUUAGCAGUUGGGUUAUUACCACCAUAUUUUGAACUUGCCAAGAGAAAAGGUAGGGUUAUUGGUAUCAAUUUCGUAUUUUUGACCAUGGACUCAUUAGGUGCUUUAUUUUCAAUCCUAAGUGUCGCAUUUGGUACUAUGGAUAUAAUGAGUAUAGUCUUGUAUGCUAUCGUGUUAGGUUUAGAAAUUGGUAUUUUCCUUAGUCACUUUAUUUGGUGGCUCAGGUUUGGUCGUUCUGAACAAGAAAAAGAAGUUGAUUAUUCUUCAGAUGAAAACAUAGAAAAUGACGCUACAGUAAUUGCAUCGCACGAAGACGACAAGGAGAAACCCGACACCACAUCGGUAUAA